AUGUCUGCCGCAGCUCCCGAAGAUCUUUGGGAGCAAGGUCUUGAGCUCAAGAACAAGGGAAAUGCGGCAUUUCGCAAGGGCGAGCCUACAGCAGCACUUGUAAUGUACAUAGACGCCCUCGGCAAGCUCACUGUGCCAGAUCAGCCCGCCAAUAUUGCAGAUGCUGAAAUACAGUCCCAGCAAUGUUCAGUCAUGUUGAACGUGGCAGCGUGCCACUUGAAGCUGGGCUCCUUGGAUGCAUGCGUCGACUUCGCCUCGCAGGCGUUGCAACUAGACCCGAAAAAUCAGAAGGCCCUCUUCCGGCGGGGCUCCGCGCUGCGACAGAUUGGUCGUUUCGACGACGCGAUGGUCGAUCUGAAGACCGCCAGCGAGCUCGAGCCCAAAAACCCUGCGGUGCGGCAGGAGCUGCAGUUGCUUCUGCACGCACGGAAGGCGAAGGACCCGGAGAAGACGCGGAAGGCCAGCUCUUUCGCUGCGCGCUUCUCCAGCCUCGCGGGCUUCGCAUCAGAUGACCGCGACAAUGGAGGAAGAACUCUUGCGGCGACGGACUUGUUCUACGAGGCUCCAGGGCCAGCCGCAAAGAAGAUGCGGGAUUACCUGCCGAGGGUCAGAUUUCGGUCGCUGAUCCACCACCCGGUCGUCCAUGACGGAGAGGAUCAGCACCACCGUCGUGUUGGGCACCAUUUCUACAAGGAGGUCUUGCGUCGGCUCAGGGAAUCCAAAGAGAAGGCGUCCCAGGCGUCGGCGCUGGCCAUGUCCGUCGGCGUGCUGUACGACAUGCUGAAGCGACCAUUGCCGGGGGUUGAAGCCAGCAGUUGGGAGGCUGCCCUGAAGCAGAAUGACGAACGGCGGACCGUGAUCCGUCAAUACGGGAAGAUGAUGAAACACCCAGAAGUUUACGACGCUAAAGUUGGUUGGCAGCCUGGCUGGUUGCACCCUGCAUUGGUCUCUGCUUGCCAGGCAAAGGGUACCUCAGAGGCCGAGAGGGCAAUCAAAGACUUGGUGACCGAAGUUUCCCCAGGAGUGUACUCCUUCGAUUUCUUCUCCAAAUCGUUUUGUGAGCUCUUCCUGAAUGAGCUCGACAACUUUUAUGCCAGUGGUUUGCCCGCUAGAAGGCCAAACAGCAUGAACAAUUACGGCGUAGUCCUAAAUGACAUAGGUUGGGAGCCCAUGGUGGAAAUAUUGCAGCAGGAGGUUCUCCAGCCGAUUGCGAGCGUUUUCUUCCCCGAGGAGGCUGCGUGCUUCGAUUCGCACCACACGUUCAUCGUCCGCUACCGCGCUGAAGAGGACAAGGGCCUGGAUAUGCACAUCGAUGAUAGCGACGUCACAUUCAACAUCUGCCUUGGUCGAGAAUUUACUGGUUGCGGGCUUGUUUUUUGUGGCAUGAACGGCGCCGCGGAUCACAGGCAAGUCUCGCACAUUUACCAGCAUCAGAUUGGAAAGUGCAUAAUGCAUCUCGGGCGUAAGCGUCACGGAGCGGAUGAUAUCAGCACAGGCGAGCGAUUAAAUCUUAUUGUGUGGAAUCACAGUGUCGCGUGGAGAAGCUCACCAUCGUCGAAGGCUGUGAGUGUGAAGGAGUCUGGUCCGCCAGAUAAAAAAUGUUUGUCUUGGACACAUGAUCGGGAUUAUGGAGUUUUCAAAGAAUAUCCACCGGGCAGGGAGAAUUUCAUGGGUCGCGGAUGGUGCCCACCACGCCAUGCGGAAUAUGACGGGUUUCGUGCAGAUUCUGCUGUGGAGCGGGGUGGAGGCUGA